AGAUACGUUGUAAUAUAGCACGGACGGCUUGCGGCGAAUUCACGCAAACGGCGGGGGAUAGAAGAAAAAGAACGGCAGUGUUUCGCGUCGCUUCCAACACUGUGCUGUGUGUGCGAAUCGUUACAGUUCCUGCUAUUCCUCAGUACUUCUCUUAUUGUGGAAGAUCUGGUUUUUGUGACUAAUUGCACAGAAAGAGAAGAAGAGGAACAGCACAGUGCGCGUUACAUCAAUAUCAUUCUGUUCUUCUUCUGCUUUCCUUGGAGGAAUUAUAUAAGUGUGGUUCUCUGAGCCAAACAGCAUUCGGACUACUCUACUGAACCAUCCAACACCAGAUAUUGAAUCAGCAAAUAUGAUUGACGACAGGACAAGUCGAGAAAAAUCAGCUGAUGACGUCAUGUCUGAACGUCCAACCAGGAGACCCGUGCAGGUCCACACCGUGACGUCAUUGAUGACGUUACAGAUUCCCCUUGACCCGUUGUCGUGGGACUUGCGAGACGUGCGCACCUGGCUGCGCCACCUAGCGGCUCGCCACCAGAUUACAGUGGACCUGAGACUAUUCCAUAUGAACGGGAGGGGGAUGUGCCUCAUGAACCUGCAGGGGUUCGAGUACAGGGUGCCGGUCAACGGUCACAUUCUGUAUGAGGAUUUCUGGAGGAGGGUGGCAGUCUAUCGGUCUUUUCGAAAAUGCAAGACGCACAAGAAGUAGAAUACUGUAAAUGCAUGUAAGUUCGCGGGGAUUUAAUUUCGCGAUAGCGGGAAAAGGGAGUUUUCGCGG